GUUACAAAGCGCAAUGAAACAAAAAAAUGGCUGACGUAUUUAAUUUUUGUGAAAAUGAACAUUAUUAUCAAAAAAGAAGUUGCUAACGUUGGUCAUACACACUACUUAUUUAAAAAAUUAUACAAGAUUUGUCAUGAUGCCUCGUGGACGUCGUCCUGUUAUCCAGUUAAAGAGUUCUUCAGGCAGUUCCAGUUAUCUGGCUCGAUCUGGUUGUUACUCAAACUCAGGUGAUGCAAGCAGCCAAAACCAAAACAAAGAUGGGAACCUUGUGACAAACUUGGUGGGAGAUUAUCCUGAUUCUGAUACUGAAAAUGAAGACGUGUCACCUGCUCCAGCUCACAUACCAGUUCCCUUUGAUUUACCAGAUAUUCCGAUGCCUCCCUCGACAAAACCAUCCAAACAGACCGACGGUCAGAUUGACCCGGUCAUCGACGAUGAAGUGGCCCACUUUUUAGCUGAAAUUGAUGCCAUUUCCACCGUUCCCAGUGAAAGUAAUGGCUCAAACCAGAGAGCGAGUCCUCAACGUGCUGACAGCAAGGAUAUGAUUGUCGACAAAACCUCUCUCCUGGAAGAGGAGGAAGAAACCCGCUCAUCUUACUCAAAGUGUGAUACAGACUCGUACAGCGACCGGAUGGACGUCGAUAGUCCGCAACCUGCCGAGAGAGACGUCAAGCACAAACCCACGGUUGUGGUGGGGCCGCCCGAGAAGGACGGAAAGUACAAGUCAAUGUUCGUGAAGGGACAGUCCGAGUUCAUUGGGAAGUCCGACAAGAGUGAUGUUGGUGAAACGAACUCCAGCGGUAGUCAUUCCAAGUACAAGUCGAUGUUUGUGAAGGGCCAGUCUGAGUUUGUGCAUAGGCAGGAGGAGAGGAUGGUGGUAGAUGUGGUGGAGAAAGCCGGUAAAAAGACCGUGGAGAUCGACGAGGAGGAGCUGCCAGAUGAACCGAUCUCGUUGUGGCAGCUGUGUUUGGAUGAGCACACACAGUUCAACUACUACUGGCACAUGCUGACAAACGAAGUGACAUGGGAAAUCCCGCCUGAGUACACGCAGUACCUACUGCUCUACAAGGAAUACAAAGAACGAAUCGCACGCAUUCCACCAGAGAAACUAGCUAAACUGAAAGAAAAGAAAAUUAAAAGUGAAAAGACAGAAGACAAACAUCACACAACCGAAGAACAAAAGAGUAAAUCCAUUUCUAAACCAAGUGACAAGGAGGACGUCCAUGGUACUGUUAAUCAGAGCAAAGAGCAUUCGGACAGUUCGAAAACUAAGUCCAAACACAAGUCCCAAACCGCAGACGAAUCAGUGAAAACAGACAUCAAAAGUGUGUCCAAGAUUUCGAUGAGUGAGAAGGUAAAAAGUGAAAGAACCGAGUCUACGACUGACUCAAGCACGGAACACAAGACACAGAAAUCCUCCAAACACAAGCACAAGACAAAAAGCAAGGACAGAGAAUCAAAACACGGAAGUAAGGAGAAGUCUUCGGUUACAGAGAACAUCGAUGCUGAUAAAGCCAGUGAAAGGAAGGCCGAGGUGACCGCUGAUGAUGACGAUGUUGAUGUUGACUUUGACAUAGAUGACAUUGACCGUGCCCUGGAACUGGCCCUGGAAAGAAAGAAGGCUGAACUACAGCGUCUUGAAGAUCAGGACACAACAUCAGUAACAAAAGGUAAAGAAUCUCAACUGAAACGUCCGUCAUCACCUGAGAAUAAAAAAGACAUUUCUGAAGUCCCUGCCCCUUCUUCACCUAAAAGAAAGAAGCUUGUGGCUUAUGGAGCAGAUGAUGAAGAUGAUUCUGAGACUGAACAAGACAGCCAGUCUGAAAAAGAUGCUUCUGUUACCAGCGAGACAUCUCAGGAGAAACUUCCGCCAGUACCGAGUCUGAUUAAAAUCAAGGAUGAAGUCGAAGAUCAGGCAAAUAUUGCUCUAGGAAAACUGGAAUUUCUCGAAGUGACCAAGAAAGGCUUAUCCCGAUUACAAGUUCUUCUCUUGGAAUUGCAGACUCGGUUUCGAGACUGGCAAGAUGGCGGACUGAGCACGGACUACUUCCUGGAGCGCCUCGCGGAGGCCAACAGCCAGUUGAAGCAGUAUGAGCAGAGUGCCGUGCCCCGCGGCUGGUCGUGUCACUGGGACAGAAAUUUCAGGCGCUAUUUUUAUACCAACAUGACAACGGGCGAAUCGCGAUGGGAUUACCCAGACAUCGAAUCGACUGUGCCACCUCCGCCACCACCACCUGACCUUGACAACAAAGAUGACGAUGACGAAGGUGACCAGCCUGUUUCCUGUUCGUCCGUAAACAAGCCAAUCGCUGGAGAUCUGAUCACCAGUGUGACUCUUCUGUCAGCUGAAGUGUCCACAACGACCUCAGAUCAUCACAGAAUACCAGACACCAGCUCCAAAACGGAAGACGUAUUCGAAGGACCUCAGUUACCCGACAGUAUUGCUAUUUUAACGGAAGAUGUAGUAGACCCUCAAGAUUCUAAUGCACCCAGCUCCAUGGAUGUUGCAGUCCACCCAGGAGAACCUCCUCCCCCAGGUUUUGACCCCCCUGAGGACAGCGUGUCGCCACCAAGUAGCACACGGUGCACUGAAAUGGAUUCCUCAGCCGCCAUUGCAUUCGAAUCAUUGGCCUCCAUCGAUGGAACGCCAUACUCGUCUGAUUAUAGCGACGAUGUCAAGGACAACGACUUUGAUGUGGACAAAAUGUUAGAGAACACUGCUCUCUUCAUGGCAGCGGAAAGCCUUCAGAAGACUGCGGCCAUUUCCAUGGCAGCAGAGAGCAAUCAAAAGAAUGCAGCCAUUUCCAUGAUGACAGAAGACUGUCAGAAGAACACUGGUGUUGCCAUGGCACCAGAAAGCAAUCAGCAUUCUGCUGCAGUUAUAUACCAGCCACCUAAAACGAAUGUUGUGAGUCUAAGUUCUGCUGUUACUAUGGUACAGCCUCCCGUGCCGUAUCAGCCUCCCGUGCCAUACCAGCAUCUGGUUGAUCAACCAUCGUUGGCCUCCCACAGUCCUGUCAACUCCCCCGCCCCAGACGACGAACCAAGCUCGUCCACACAAGAUGAGAUCGACCGACGUGAGCGCAAAAAGAGGAAGAAAGACAAAGAGAAGAAAAUCUCAAGUACGAGUUUAACAUACAAGAAGAAAAAUGUGUCUUCCUUGGUUCAAAAAUGGCAUCAGGUGAAAGUUCAAGUGGAGCAAGAAGAAAAACUGAACGAGGAACGACAGAUGGCCAUUCGACAGAAGCUGGAAGAGUGGAAACAAACACACAGCUGAAUGCUUCGUAUCUGGAUGUACAUUCAAGAACUGCAAUGCCAAAUAAAAGAGACAGAUGUGUAUGAGUGCGAUUCACAGAGAACUGGAGAUGUGUUCAUGAGUCACAGGAUACGUGUCAUACAGCAGGCUUCAACACAGCAGGCUUCAACACAUCGUGUUACAGCCUGUUUUCCAGUUUGCAUAUCGGUUACGCAACUGUAAAUUCACAGGAACAACUCAGUUGGAUUACAUGGUGAAACCUUACACAUUCUGAAAUUAAAAAUUGCAAACUUAAGAUGAUUAAUUUCAGUGCACGAUUGUGGUAACUGAUUAGGUUAUACAAAUGUAAUUCAUGUGAUUGAACAGUCGGUUACCUGAGUUAAAAAAAAAAUUCAAGUGAACAGACUUCAGGUUAUGCCACCUCUGCAAUUGCUGACGGCAAUCAGCAAUACCUUGGAGAUGGCCUGGAGUUGGGGGUUUUUAUUCUCCACGGCACUUCUUUUUUGCUAAGGACUACAUUAAAUUUGUUAUCUUUGAAUGAUUUUUGGCAUAGACAUUUUCUUAGUUGCAAGGGUUGGGUUAUGUAAAUGUUGAAAUAGUGGCUCUUGUAAUAUAAUGGCAGACACUGUACCUGAUAAGCAAGCUAUAUGCACUUCCGUAAGUCAUAACCUAUUAGUUGGUUAAGAGAAUCGUCCAUUAACACUAUUUAAAAAUACAAAAUAUCUGGAUUGGAAUAAGCUAUAGCAUUAUGAACAAGAAACAUGGCUGGCUGACUGAAAACCUAUUUUACCGCGAUCACCAAACAUUUAUUGUGGUGACAAAUAUAGCUACAAUAACCCUCAUAAUAUCAUGUAGAGCACGAUUGUUCGUUUGUUUUCUUGUCCUUUUAUUUUCAUCUUUUUUUUACAGCUGCAAUUUAAUUUUUACAGAGCUGCACUUUUGUUUUUUCUAAAAGUGUAAUUUCAUUUUCCUAGAGCUCAAUAUUUAAUUUUCAAAUAACUGUCAUCCCCAGCGAUGACAAUGGCACUGGAGUAAACACACACACACACACACACACACAUACAUGUGUAUACAUACAUACAUGUGUAUGUGUGUGUGUGUGUGUGUGUGUAUAUAUAUAUAUAUGGGUUCGGAUCCCAGUUGAGCCA